CUUGGGGCAGCCAGCCCCACCCUCAAGGCCAAAGAAGCCAGCUGUAUCUCCUUGCCCCAGACUGGCCUUGCAAGGAAGGUCAAAAGAUGGGCCCGCCUGGCAUUUGUCAGCUGCCCGGGGGGACUUGGAGUCUUCCAGCAGGGCCUCCCCUGCAUUUCACCACACCGCACUACACCACCCGGCAGCUGCAAGCCUUAUCCGCAGCUUGCUCUGGGCAGGCGGCCCGACCCUUCUCUUGCAGGCACCGGGCGGGUUUGAGCCCUCCCCCCAUUUUCCGAGGGCGUGAGCGGGCGGGGCGGGGCGGCCGCUAUGAGCCCAAUAGGCUUAAGUUGCUGCUGGUUCGGUGCUCGCGCCGAGCGGAGACUCAGAAUCAAGUCGUGCGAAUUCGCCACAAAGUUCCAAGGAGAGAGCCCGGCCUCGCGACACCCCCUCCCUCUCUCUCGGUAACGGCUAAACCCUCCGACAGCAGUCCCGCGCCAGGAUCUGAGCGGAGGGAGGCAAGCUCGGAGGGGCCGCUCGGCUCCUGCGGGCCGGGCUCGCGGAGGGCGGCGCCGUCUGCUGGGGCGCGGCAGGCAGGAGCCGCGAGCCCGCCCAGGUGGGCCGGCCGGCGCAACCGGGGACUGUCCGGGGAGAGGGCGAGGAACCGGCCCAGAGGCCAAGUUCUUGCAGCGGCUGAGGAGGCGCCAGCAGCGCCCGGCGGCCGGAGCAUGUUCCAGCGGCACCACCGCAGCAGGGUGACGGUGGCGCGCGGCUCCGCGCUGGAGAUGGAGAUCCGGCGGGGCCGCUUCCGCCUCAGCCUCCUGGGCGAGCCCGAGCAGGGCACAGACCUCCAGAAGAAAAUUGACCAUGAAAUCCGCAUGCGGGAGGGCGCCUGCAAGCUGUUGGUGGCGUGUACGCAGCGGCCACAGGCGCUGGAGGUGACCAAGAGCCUGCUGGUCUGCAACAGCCGCAUCCUGGCCUACAUGGCGGAGCUGCAGCGCAUGAAGGAGGUGCAGGUGAUGCAGCACAUGGCUCGACGUCCUUCUGAGGCUGGAUCCACUGACGGUCGCUUACCAUGUCGGGGCCGAAUCUGUGUCUCAGAUCUACGGAUCCCCCUGAUGUGGAAGGACACAGAAUACUUCAAGAACAAGGGGGACUUGCAUCGCUGUGCGGUGUUCUGCCUGCUGCAGAUCGGCACAGAAAUCUAUGACACGGAGAUGGUGCUGGUGGACCGGACGCUGGCCGACAUCUGCUUUGAGACCUCCGUGCUCUUCACCGAGGCUGGUCCAGGCUUUGAGCUGAAAAUUGAGCUGUACAGUGCCGCCCUGGAGGAGGACUCGGCCCUGGGCGCCACCCCCAAGAAGCUGGCCAGCCGCCUGAGCAGCUCCCUGGGGCGCUCCUCGGGGAAGCAGAUGCGGGCUGCCCUGGACGGGAGCAGCUCGGGCAGCAACGGGGGGUGCAGUCCACUGCUGCUACCCCCAGCCCCCAGCACAGCGGGGCCCAAAUAUCAUCUGCUGGCCUGUGCCCACCUUGGCCUGGCACACGUCCAGGACGCCUUUCGCACCCAUGACCUCCUCAUCACUGGCAAUGAGGAGAGCUCCUUCUGGCUGCCUCUGUAUGGCAGCCUCUGCUGCCGCCUGGUGGCCCAGCCCAGCUGCAUGGUGGAGCAGGUGAUGGCUGGCUUCCUGAAAGUGCAGCAGGGGGAUCAGCUGGACUGGCCGAGGCUCUUUUGUGUCCUGCGUGGCACCAACCUUCUCUGCUACCGGUGCCCCCAGGAUGCGGAGGGCCAGGAAGAGGCUGCCUUCACCAUUGCCAUCAACAAGCCCAAGACACACGGCAUCUGGCCCCACAGCCAUGGUGAGCGCUGGGCCUCUUUCCCUGGGCAGGAGACGCGCAUCCGGGCUAGCGAGAAGAGCCCCAGGUGCCCCGUCCGCUGCAUGUCAGUCACUAACCACUUCGGAGGUGAGGAAGUGACUCACACGCUGCAGGCCGAGUCUCCCGCGGAGGCCCAGCGCUGGAUGGAAGUCUUCUGGCAGCACUUCUACGACAUGAGCCAGUGGAAGCAUUGCUGCGAUGAAGUGAUGACGGUGGAGGUGCCGUCUCCGCGCCGCCCUCCGAUGCUGCUGCCCAAGCAGGGAUCCCUGUACCAUGAGAUGGCUAUUGAGCCGGCCGAUGACAUUGAGGCAGUGACUGAGAUCCUGGCCCGGCGGGUCUCCAACCUGGGCGAACCUGUGUGGCUCUCUCUCUUCGAGGGCUCCUCACCCGGCAUCGCUUCCAACUGCAACUCCAGCACCGGCCCGUGUCCCGCUCAGCCCCCCUGGAGUCGGCCUCGCACACUCUCACUGGACGCCAAGCUCAGCAGAUUGAAGGGGCGUGCGGGACGGCCACCUCCUUCCCCUCUGCCCAAGGCCCAUGGGCCUUCCUGUUCCAGCUCAGGGUCGUCCAGCAGCUGCAGCUCGACUCCGGACUCAGAACGGACCCUGCAGACCCCUGCCCGGCCCUGGUUUGACCCACGCUUGUGGCUGCAGUCCCAGGUCUAAGGCUGCCAAGAACUGAGGGUCUGCACUGUUCAGGGGCUUCGCCUUACAGAGACAAACUGGCCGAGGCCACAUUCCCCAUCCCUGACCGCAUUGGGGGGCCGACCUGGCUAGAGAAGCAGCUGGCCACGGAGUGGGGCCCCAUGGCCGGAGCCCUCCCUUUUCAGGAGAAAAGCACCUUGCUUUUUUUUGUAAGAAACUGGAAUAUUUGCUGUUGAAAUGGAAGAGAGGCCGAGCUCUUUCCUUGCCAGGGGCCAAGGGGCCCCAUUUGCCUUCAGCCUGGCCUCUUCCUGACGCCCCUCCCUCCUCAAGCUGCAGGGAUUUGCAUGGAGGAGGAAGCGGGGGAGGGCAGCCCUUCCCUCCAAACGGUGUGUGUGGAGGCCAGCAGCCUCCCUUCCUGUGAAUAUGCAUUAAAGGGUAUUGACUUGC